CGUGCCGACGACUUCCCGCUGUACACCGUUAGCGUUAACCGUCCAUACCCAUCCGAAGUCCGAACCCAUGGCUUCCUCCCGGAGCCAAUUCCGGCGACCGGAAAAAAAAGAUGCUGGAAUCGACGGGAACCGAGGGGGAUGCCGAGGAAUCGGAGCUUCUCUUGACGGAACCCGGCGACCGGGAGCGGUCGUAGCGUUUGAACUUCGACAGAUUCCGGCGGUCGGAGCACGAAGAGAACCCCCGUCGAGACCGCCAAGACUGUCUCGGCGUCUUAGUGCGCGAAUUCAUUCGGUUCCUUUGAUGCCCCUUCUUUCCUCUUUCUCGCUGUUAAAUUUUAGAGAUGGCUAAAGGUUGGUGCUUUUUGGACGAACAUGGUAGGUGGGAGAAAGAGAGUAGGAAACAUGAGCCCUUGUUGCUUCCCCGUCGAGAAAUCUGAAGGAGAUGACGUAGCCGAGUAUUAUCAACAGCAGAUGGAAAUGCUGGAGAGCUUUGGCAAAAUGGAUGCAUUGGCUGAUCGUGGAUUUCUACCUGGAAUGUCAAAGGAAGAACGUGAAAGGACUGCUAGAAGUGAACAAAUAGCUAUCCGUAUAUCCAACAUAGCAAACAUGAUCCUUUUUGCUGCCAAGGUCUAUGCUUCAAUAAGGAGUGGAUCGUUGUCCGUUAUCGCAUCCACAUUAGAUUCUCUCCUUGAUCUGUUAUCAGGAUUUAUCUUAUGGUUUACUUCAUUCUCCAUGCAAACAACAAAUCCUUAUCAGUAUCCUAUUGGGAAAAGGCGCAUGCAGCCACUGGGAAUCCUUGUUUUUGCAUCUAUAAUGGCAACGCUGGGCCUUCAGAUCAUUUUGGAGUCGGUACAAUCCCUAAUAUCAGAUGAAGAUGAAUUCAGCAUGACAAAGCAGCAAGAGAGAUGGGUUGUAGGCAUCAUGUCAUCUGUGACAUUAGUGAAGCUUGCUCUGGUUUUCUACUGCCGCUCGUUCACCAAUGAGAUUGUCAAGGCCUACAUGAAGGACCACUUUUUUGACGUCAUUACAAAUGUCAUUGGUCUGGUGGCUGCACUUCUUGGCAAUUAUAUAAAACACUGGAUUGAUCCAGUUGGAGCUAUCAUUCUGGCGUUAUAUACCAUCCAUACAUGGUCGAUGACUGUGCUGGAAAAUGUGAACUCUCUGGUUGGCCGGUCGGCGGCACCGGAAUAUCUGCAGAAAUUGACAUACCUAUGCUGGAACCAUCACGAGGCCAUAAGAAACAUUGACACCGUGCGGGCUUACACAUUCGGCUCGAACUACUUUGUUGAGGUGGAUAUUGUCCUGCCCUCAGAAAUGCCCUUGAGAGAUGCACACGACAUUGGGGAGGCCUUACAGGAGAAGCUUGAACUACUGCCUGAGAUCGAGCGGGCUUUUGUUCACCUCGAUUAUGAGUUCACUCAUCGCCCUGAGCAUGCACAGGCUCAUGAUACAUGACCUAGUCUGUUUAUGUAACUAACUACUAUAAAGGAAUAAGGUUCUUUCAAGCUUCUUGUCGUGCUGAAAUCCUGUAUCUGGGUUAUGAUAGUUGAUGAACGAAAAUACAUAGGAGUGCUUGCUUGGGGAUGGUGUAAUUCAACUUUUAUGGGUAGUAGUUUGUUCAUACUCAAGUUUAAUGUAAAAUGUGUGUUCUUUAAAUGAGAAGUGGAUAUAGCUAUUGGGAUAAUAAGAAACAUGUCACAACCCUCCCAAUUUGGAUGAA